AUGAAGCUCUCAUCAGCCGUUUUCUUCUUUACUGCAAUUGUCCCAUGGGCUAGUGCCCAGUCCGGCUGUGUUAACCAGGCCAGCCCGCGUCUGGGAAUUGGCAAUUACUGCUGGUGCAGCUCCAACCGCAAAUGCUAUUCUAGCGGCGUCAAGGAUGGCCAGCUGGUCUGCGAACCAGUCGGUCGUCGCAUUCCAUGCCCAUAA